CCCUGGUCAGUUCUGGCAGGGUUGCAGGAUGUGCUUUCCCGACUUGCAUCCUGGGAGUCUGAAGUAUUUGAGGCAUUUUGUGAGAAGGCUCAAUUGAGAUCAGCAGACAGAAGACUCUUAGAACCCGCCAAUCCUCAAGGUGCUCCAGGAACCAGCAGUUGAAGACCUGGGUCUGAGGCACACUUCCUAAAACCAGCACCGCAGAGGAGGCCCAGACAGUGCCAGGAGUCAAAAUUCUGAGGGAACAAACCUCUUAGGAAGACAGGAGACCUGUCAGGCCCUAGAGCACCACCUUAAGAGAAGAAGAGCUGCCUGUGAGAUCCUGUCAUCCCCAUCCCGGCUCACACGUUUACCUGCUGCUCCUGAACAGGUCUCAUGCCUCUCUUUCCAAACCUUCCACGCCUCAGCUUUGAGGAAGACUUCCAGAACCCGAGUGUGAUAGAGAACUUGGUAGAUGCACAGGAUUCCAUAGAUCAGGAAGAGGAGGAUGCCUCCUCCACUUCCCCUUCCUCUUUCCACUUUUUAUUCCCCUCCUUCUCUCCCUCUUCCUCAUCCUCACCCUCUACUCUGAUUCUGGGUGCUCCAGAAGAUGAGGAUAUGCCUGCUGCUGGGAUGCCACCUCUUCCCCAGAGUCCUCCUGAGAUUCCUCCCCAGGGUCCUCCACAGAGUCCUCCCCAGAGUCCUCUAAACUCCUGCUCAUCCCCUCUUUUGUGGACCCGAUUGGAUGAGGAGUCCAGCAGUGAAGAAGAGGAGGAUACAGCUACCUGGCAGGCCUUGCCAGAAAGUGAAUCCUUGCCCAGGUGUGCUCUGGGAAAGGUGGCUGAGUUGAUGCAGUUUCUUCUCCUCAAAUAUCAAACAAAGGAGCCUGUCCCAAAGGCAGAGAUGCUGGCGACUGUCAUCAAUAAGUAUAGCGACUAUUUUCCUAUGAUCUUCGGGAAAGCCCAUGAGCUCAUGGAGCUAAUUUUUGGCAUUGCCCUGACUGAUAUGGACCCCGACAACCACUCCUAUUUCUUUGAAGACACAUUAGAACUCACCUAUGAGGGAAGCCUGAUUGAUGACCAGGGCGUGCCCCAGAACUGUCUCCUGAUUCUUAUUCUCAGUAUGAUCUCCAUAAAGGGCAGCUGUGUCCCUGAGGAGGUCCUCUGGGAAGUGUUGAGUGCAAUCGGGGUGUGUGCUGGGAGGGCAGAGCACUUUAUAUAUGGGAAUCCCAGAAAGCUGCUCACUAUAGAUUGGGUGCAGAGAAAGUACCUGGAGUACUGGGAGGUGCCCAACAACGCUCCUCCACGUUAUGAAUUCUUAUGGGGUCCAAGAGCCCAUUCAGAGGCCAGCAAGAGAAGUCCUAGAGUUUUUAGCCAAGCUAUCCAGUAUCAUCCCUAG